CAUAAUUAAAGCUGAUUAGGCAUUAUAAGUUGGAAGUUAACUUGACACUAUGUUAUAAAAUCACUUGAGGAAUAGUGCCACAGAUUACGUAGCCACCAUGAGUUGCAGUUGGUGUGUACAAAGCUACCUGGUUGUUAUAUUUCAUGUCUUACAUACUGUGUGGACAGUGCCCCCACACCAUUGCCUGGCAAAAUUUAACCAUAGCGACUGCCAUUUGCCACCGCGACCCGUGUUCUCCUACUACAAGCCAGGUUCAAGAUGUGAAAUCGAAAUCUGGAGGGGAUGUCCAACACUCAAUAAAUUCGAAAAUGAAUACGCAUGUGCACAGAACUGUAUUUUUAGAAAUUCAUCAGUUCCUAUAGAAGAAAUUGAUGAAUGUUCAUUAAAACUCAACACGGAAAUGUGUGACAAUGAGACGCAUACAGUAUACACAAACGUGGAUGGCCAGUGUAUCGAAGCGGAGUGGGGAGGCUGCGAAACACAUAAUAAAUUUGAUUCCGAAGAAGAAUGUCUCGAGACGUGUCACAUAGAAAUCAAAGAACCAAGUUCUGGCAACUCACAAGAAAAUGAAAUAUUGCAAGAUAUCAAUGAUUUAUUGAAAUAUUUAAUUAGUGAAGCGACGGAAAAUACACCAACAGAAGAGACCUAUACAGAAGAUACCACUACAGACGAUACUACUACAGACGAUACCACUAUAGACGAAACCACUGUAGACGAUACCACUGCAGACGAUACUACUGAAGACGAUACUCCUGAAGAUGUUACUCCUGACGACGAUACUGCUACAGAUGAUACCACUACAGAAUUCGAAAGCACUACACCAGUUUUAGCAGAUAUAAUAGCUUGAUAGUAACAACAAUUAAUUAUAGUUUGCAUACUACACCGGCCUAAAACAGCAACAUUAGAGAGAAAAAAUCCCUCAUUAUGCCAUUUUCAAUAAAAAAUAUAUAGGUACCAGGGAAAGCAAUCUCGAUAUAGCAAGAUCUCUCUUAAGCCCCAGUUUCACGAAAUUGGCGUUCUCUAAUUCUGACCAAAACGCGGAUUAAACCAAAGGACUUCAUAGGUGUCCUUAAUUUUUUGGUACCGCUCUCAUUAUAUAUGUAGUCGGAUACACGCGUCACACGGCGCCCCUCUGCAACCUGGUGCCCUAGGCACUUGCUCAGUUUGCCCUAGUAAACAUACGCCCAUAGCAGCGGUAAGUCUCCUUUAUGAGGAGUGGCUUGAGAGACGCUACGGUUUCCUCGUGUCCAGUAAGCACCUGCAUCCGGUGGUAGGUGAGGACGCCGUGACGCCUCUCUAGCCACUCCUCAAAGCGGGGACUUACUUACCGCUGCUAUAACAGCGAGCCCAGCUCUCGGUUGCAACAGUCGUUGCUCCCAUUCCGCCAUGAGAUCGCGCCGGAGCUCAUCCCGCCGCGCACUAAUCUGGCGCGGCAGUGGAGUUUCGCCCCGGCAGACGUAACGGGUUACUGGGGUUCCGGUUCAAAGUAGGAGUAGGAACUGGGUGUUUUUUUUAGUCAGUAAGAGACUGACACUUUCUUUUGCCUAACCCAAGGCGGGUGAAGGCACUGAAUGAUUUUCCACCCUCAAAAUAAGAACCGCAGCGGGCGAAGUGAUUGUAUAAUUUUCCCCACAAAAGGUGGGGCACAGGCAUGCUACGAUACUAAUAAGUCUGUAUAUUUUACUAUUUUUCUGAGUGCGUGUUAGUGAGGUUAUUGGUAUUAUUUUAUGUCUGUACUUACAUACUUGUAAAGUUUUGUUCUGCAGUGCGUAUAUGCUGCACAGUUAGUUGUAAAUGAUAUAUUAGACAUAUUUGUGUGUGUUUGCUGUUUAUGUAAUUUAUAAUUACAUAUAUAAUUAAUGUAAUGUAAAGUAAGAUAAUUGUUCUAGUUUUCCUUUGUAAAAUAAAGUCAAUACAAUUUUAGAGAAA